UUAAAUGUGAGUGGGCUUUUCGGCCGGGACCGCCAUCUUCCAGUAAUUCGUCAAAAUGACCAACACAAAGGGAAAGAGGAGAGGCACCCGCUAUAUGUUCUCUAGGCCUUUUAGAAAACAUGGAGUUGUUCCUUUGGCCACAUACAUGCGAAUCUAUAAGAAAGGUGAUAUUGUAGUUAUCAAGGGAAUGGGCACUGUUCAAAAAGGAAUGCCCCACAAAUGUUACCACGGCAAAACGGGAAGGGUCUACAAUGUUACUCAGCAUGCAGUUGGCAUUGUUGUAAACAAACAAGUCAAGGGCAAGAUUCUUGCCAAGAGAAUUAAUGUUCGUAUUGAGCAUAUUAAGCACUCUAAGAGCCGAGAUAGCUUCCUGAAACGGGUGAAGGAAAAUGAUCAGAAAAAGAAGGAAGCCAAAGAGAAAGGUACCUGGGUUCAACUGAAACGCCAGCCUGCCCCACCCAGAGAAGCACAAUUUGUGAGAACCAAUGGGAAGGAGCCUGAGCUGCUGGAAGCCAUUCCCUAUGAAUUCAUGGCAUAAGUGGAAAAAAAUAAAAGACCUCUGUAAAACUAUUUCUCUUAAUUGAGGAGUGUGGCGUCCCCUCCCCCAAAGAAAUAUUUAAAGAAAA